UGCAUGUGUAUUACUAAAGAAUCACUGCUCUUUUCUGCGCUCGUAGCAGAGGCAGUUGUAGUGUUGUACUAUUCACUCAAUUACAUUUCCUUUUUCACUGGAAAAAAAAGAAAGAACCCUAACGUUCAUCUUUGUCUUUCACUCCAAAGUUGCCAACUUUACCUUUUUUUCUUCUCUUCUUGAUUGGACAAACAAUGAUCAAAGGCGAGCUAAAAUCUUUCGGUUCUGCUGAUUGUUACAACAGAAGUCUUUCAUUGAUUCCAGCUGAUCCGACCAACCAUAUUACGAUGGGCAGCCAAGAUUGGGAUGGAGAUACAACACUGUCUGCCAGUGCAUUCUCCGGGGCCCAAAUGAACACGAUGUAUAAUGUUAUUGCUAACCCACAAUCUGUUGCAUUGGCUGACCAUAAUCUGCCGAUGCCUGAUUCACUGAUCAGUAAUUUCACACUGGAAACCUGCGACAAUUCUGUUGAAAGCUCACAACUUCCAUUCGGUUGGCCACAGGAUAGUAGUGGAAACAACAUGUUUAGUAGUUUUGUGCCGUUGAAUCACUGGAUUCCGAAGGAAGAACCUGUUUCAAGCGAGACUUGUAUGAAUAUGGACUGGAAAGAAGCUGAGUUGCAACAGAGUGUACACACGGUAAACUUGAACGAUGCCAAUGAAUUUCAGUCCAAUUUAAAAGGAGAGGAAGACACAUCUUAUUCAGCCCCAAAACCCUUGAGGAGUAUGUGCAAAAAAACCAAAAACCGAUCAGAAGCUGAUUCCCGUCGCAGAUCCAUUAUUGCUCAAAAGGUGAAAGCACUAAAAGAGCUUCUUCCUGGAACAUUAAAGGGUAGUAGGGGUAACCAAGAAUCCAUUGUGCAUGAUUUCACCAGUUAUAUAAAAUAUCUUCAACUUCAACUCAAGAUCGUAGGUAGGAAGAGGAAAUUUUUUACUGUAAUUCUCUGCACGACGUCUGUUCCUUGUUUAAAUCACUCUAUCCGUAAGCCUGUUUUCGUUGUCCUGGUUGCCGUUGGUGGACAAAAGUAGAUUGCGUUUUGUAAGUUCUUGACCUGAAAAUUGCUCAAAUAAGCUGUUGUAUUGAUCCAAAGUUGCAAACAACAUUUCUUCUAUACUUCUUUUUGUAAUUAUUUAUAGAAUAAUUGCGAACUACAACCUAAAAUUAUAUGAAUUUUGCAGAUUACAGUCUCAAGGUUUAUUUUUUGCGAAUUAUAGUCACCAAAUUAUCAAAGUCUACAUCGCUUCGGCCAAAUCACAAAAUUCCAAACACUAAAAUGCUCAGAAUUAUGUGAUUUGGCCUGAACACUAUAAACUGUGAUACUUUAGUGGCUGUAAUUCACAAAAAAUAAACAUUGAGGCUGUAACUCGCAAAAAUCCCAAACUUUAAGAUUGUAAUUCGCUUAUUAUUGUUGUUUAUAAUAUGCAAUGAACCUAUGGACACAUAGAGCUAUAUUGAUAGAAUCUAUAUGUACAUACAAUGGUGCCAUAGCCCGUAUGUGAUAACGAGUAAUUGACAGAAAUAGAGUCUAUAGACACUCUUCGAUACUUCCUUUUGUCUAAAAGUAAUAUAAAGUGUCCCAAAUUCCCGUCCCCCUAUUUGGUUUAAGGGUACAAUUUAUCAAUCCAAUUGUAAACCGAUACUUCAUAUCGCUUUUUAGUUGCAACAUUUUUCUCGAAAAACUCUCAUACCCGGAAGAAAUGUUGUAAUAAAAAAGAUGGAGCAAGCGUUAUUUUAAGAAUGAACCUUUUCCCAGGAAAUUUUAAAACUAGAUAGACGUGCAAGUAUGUGACUAUCAGUAUAAAGUGAACUAUAUAGAUGUACACCACUGCACGACAACGCAAAUCUUUUUGGUGCACUGGAAAUUGUUGCUGGAUUCUGUCCAAGAGACUAAUCGUAAAAUGUUAUUGACCUUUUUGCGGCAUGAAAUUUAAACUUGGACAUCCAGGAAUUGAGCAGAAUUCGACUG